AUGUCCAUGAAGAUGGGCUUAAAUAUCUCAAAAUUGGCGUCACGUCAGUCGAACAAUCACGCAACACAUCUAAAGCGUCAAUUUCCAACCAGAAUUCCUCAGUUCGAUUUUCUGAAACAACAUGGGGAACCAUCUCCUAUGGAACAUGCUCAGCAGUCUGUGAGAGUUAACGACAAACCAAACCAACUUGGACUUGUAUUGAGAAAUACUUUAGUUAACCAUCAAGAUGGCUUACACAGUCCGCACAGCCAACGCUUACAGAAAUUGCAAACGGGGCUUCUCUUCCCUCAGCGACUUUACUUACCCUCAUUUAGCCUACCAUUUACCGCAACAAAUAAUGAACGGACCGGAGCAAUUAUUUACAACACUUCCGAAACUUCGACAGUUUUCAACAAGGCAAUUGAACAUAGUGAAGCAAUUUUUCCUAAAAAUUCAAACUUAACAGACACCAACUCCAUUCAGCAUGACAACAAUACACUUAGAUCAAUCAGCACAGAUGUCGAUCAAAAUCAAUCAGUCCUCUUUCUUUCAGCACGUCAACAGCUAGCUUCACAAGCUGCAGCCGAAUUCUCACGUUUAGGUAAGAGUGCGCAUCAAGGGCGACAGUUUGUAGAUGUAGGAAGUAUUCGGCAAAUUAUUGAGAUGCGUGAUGAAAAGUUUGGGAUGACAGACAGUGACAUUGAAAAAAAACUUGGAUUAAAGACAGGGACUGUAAUCAAGCUAGGGAAUAAAUCAGUCGUCAGCACCGUUAAUUGA